AUGGUUUCACAACCUAAAUACCGAAGGGAACUCGCGCGUGUAAGAUCCCUUCCAUCACAAAACAAUCGAAUCAACUCAGGAAAUAUGUCAAACGGAGUGGACGAAACCUCGCGUCUGUUGGGCGUCAACGGACAUGCCGGAGACAGACGUAAAAGUAGUGUUCAUGAAUUCUUUCUCAGCAAGAGACACACCCCAGGAACCGACAGCGACAAUGUCAUGGUUAGCUACUCGGCGUCGGCAUGGCAUGUAGGAAAGGUUACUUUGUAUAGUAGCUAUGUUAACGUUCUGUUGAUCUUUGUACCAUUGGGUAUCGUCGCAGGCCUCACACACUGGGAUCCGGUCGUCAUCUUCACACUCAACUUCUUCGCUAUCAUCCCAUUGGCUUCCAUCCUCUCAUUUGCGACGGAAGAAAUUUCCAUGAAGUUGGGAGAAACUUUGGGAGGUCUAUUGAACGCAACAUUCGGCAACGCUGUGGAACUCAUUGUCAGUAUCAUAGCAUUGAAAGAAGGACAAAUCCGAAUCGUUCAAUCGAGUAUGUUGGGUAGUAUCUUGUCGAACUCCCUUCUUGUGUUGGGAUGCUGCUUUAUAGCCGGUGGAAUUCACAAUACUCGCACUGGUACAUCUAUGGGCAUCGAGCAGAGAUUCAACGACACUGUCGCCGGAACAAUGUCAUCUCUCAUGGUUCUUGCCGCAUGCGCAUUGAUCAUACCUGCAACUCUCUAUUCUGUUCUCAGUAAAUCAUCAGCAGACACUGAAACCAACAUUUUGAUUCUCUCUCACGGAACAGCCAUCAUUCUAUUAAUUCUCUACUGUCUUUAUUUGUUCUUCCAGCUUCGAACACAUUCCAACCUAUUUGAUGCCGAAAGUCAAUCAGCAGGAGAGGAGGAAGAAGUACCACAAAUGAGUCCUUGGGCUGCUGCUGCUGUUCUCGUUAUUGUAACGAUCGCGGUAUCUGUCUGUGCUGACUACUUGGUUGACUCGAUUGACUCGAUUGUUGAGAAAGCUCACAUCUCCAAAACCUUCGUUGGUCUUAUUCUUCUUCCAAUUGUCGGCAAUGCAGCAGAGCAUGUAACAGCUAUUGUGGUUGCCGUCAAGGACAAGAUGGACCUGGCAAUGGGUGUGGCUAUCGGAUCGAGCAUGCAAAUCGCACUUUUCGUCACUCCAUUCCUUGUGAUCUUGGGUUGGAUCAUGGAUAAACCUAUGACUUUACAUUUUGAGACCUUUGAAACUGUUGUUUUCUUCUUGAGUGUUUUGGUUGUUACUUAUGUUGUUCAAGAUGGCAAGAGUAAUUAUUUGGAAGGUUGUAUGCUUCUUGGUCUUUAUAUCAUUAUUGCCCUUGCAUUUUUGGUAUACCCAGAUGAAUCUGCUGGAGCAGGCGAAAUUGGAGGAACUGUUGUCAGAUCAGUAAAGGCUCUGGCAGGAUAUUAA